AUGGAUGCCACCCUGGCGCCAGACACGAACAGCACCGACUACUACUAUCCGGACGGCAGCUCGAGCCCCUGCAGCGGGGAGGUGGUCCAGAGCCGGAGCAAGGUGCUGCUGGCCGUCUUGUACUGCCUCCUCUUCGUGCUGGGCCUCCUGGGGAAUAGCCUGGUCCUCCUGGUCCUGCUGGCCUGCAAGAAGCGGAGGAGCAUCACGGACGUGUACCUCCUCAACCUGGCGCUGUCCGACCUGCUCCUGGUGUUCUCCUUGCCCUUUCAGACCCACUACCUGCUGGACCAGUGGGCGUUUGGACUCGUCCUGUGCAAAGUGGUCUCCGGCUCUUACUACCUGGGCUUCUUCAGCAGCAUGUUCUUCAUCACCCUCAUGAGUGUGGACCGCUACCUGGCCAUCGUCCGCACCGUGUACGCCCUGAAGGUCAGGACGGCUCAGAAGGGCGCCGCCCUGAGCCUGGCCGUGUGGCUGACCGCCCUCGCGGCCACCAGCCCCUUGCUGGUGUUCUACCAAGUGGCCUCGGAAGACGGCGUCCUGCAGUGUUAUCCCUUCUACGACCAGCAGGCCUUGAAGUGGAAGCUCUUCAUCCACUUUGAGAUGAACGUCUUGGGCCUGCUGAUCCCCUUCCCCGUCCUCAUCUUCUGCUACGCCAGCAUCCUGUGCCAGCUGAGGCGCAGCCACAACCGCAACAAGGCCAAGGCCAUCAGUUUGGUGCUCCUGGUGGUGCUCGCCUCCUUACUCUUCUGGGUCCCGUUCAACGUGGUCCUCUUCCUCACGUCCCUGCACGACCUGCACGUCUUGGACGGGUGUGUGGUGAGUCAGCGGCUCAUUUACGCCACCCACGUCACAGAAGUCGUCUCUUUCACGCACUGCUGCGUGAACCCCGUUAUUUACGCGCUCCUGGGCGAGAAGUUCAAGAAACACCUCUCGGACAUAUUCCAGAAAAGCUGCCGCCUGGUCUUCCCCUACCUCGGGAUGCAGAUUCCCUAG